UCACAAUCAAUUCCAGAAAAGCUAGAAAGGUUCGAAGAAAGAGCUUUCAGUAGCAAUACUCAGAGAUCGUAAGAAAGAAACUGAAAUCACACAGAGAGCAAAUCGUUCGGUAACUUUUAGUAUCAGAUAUGGCUAGAUACGAUAGAGCGAUCACCGUGUUCUCGCCGGACGGCCACCUAUUCCAAGUAGAGUACGCCCUCGAAGCCGUACGCAAAGGUAACGCCGCCGUUGGUGUACGUGGCACUGACACUGUUGUCCUUGGCGUCGAGAAGAAGUCCACUCCCAAGCUUCAGGACUCUAGGUCAGUGAGAAAGAUAGUAAAUCUAGAUGAUCACAUUGCAUUAGCCUGUGCUGGACUGAAAGCAGAUGCACGAGUCCUUGUGAAUAGGGCACGCAUUGAGUGUCAGAGUCAUAGGCUUACAGUUGAGGAUCCUGUUACUGUUGAGUACAUAACUCGUUACAUUGCUGGUCUUCAGCAAAAGUACACCCAAAGUGGUGGUGUUAGGCCAUUUGGUCUAUCCACCUUGAUCAUUGGUUUUGACCCAUACACCGGUGUCCCCGCGCUUUAUCAAACAGAUCCAUCUGGUACAUUCUCAGCUUGGAAAGCCAAUGCAACUGGUAGAAAUUCCAACUCUCUUCGGGAAUUUUUGGAGAAGAACUACAAAGAAACAUCUGGCCAGGAAACUGUGAAACUAGCAAUACGUGCUUUGCUUGAAGCUGUUGAAAGUGGUGGGAAGAACAUAGAAGUUGCUGUUAUGACAAAAGAGCAUGGGCUUAAGCAACUUGAGGAAGCUGAGAUUGAUGCCAUUGUUGCUGAGAUCGAGGCAGAGAAAGCAGCUGCAGAAGCUGCCAAGAAGGCCCCCAAAGAAACCUAGUCCUGCUGAAAUUCAUAUCUGAAUGUGUUCCCUGAACUUUUUCUCUUUGAUAAAAAAGUGUUAGUGUUCUCUGAAUUAAAACUUGUUGCUCUGACUAAUAUUUAGUGCUUCUAAGACUGAUCUUGUAGUCGGGCAAGACAUUUGUUAAAAUUGUUUAAUAGGGCAAAAGAAGUUAUCGUCUGCUAUCUUCAUUUA